AUGACUAGACCGGAGUCAUUCCAGAGUAUUGGAUGUGUAAAGAAUGACACAAUACCUGAGAGGAUAAUCUCAUCAACUCCUCUACUAGAUUUGUCUGCGAUAUAUGGCAACCUACUACCUCCUUUGCUACAAAAAGGUCGCCUAUUCACAGGAGGUCUGGUAAAAACUGAGAUUCAAGAAGGAAGGAUAUGGCCUCCAAGUUAUAAGACUCAAGCGAAUGUGUGCUACUUAAACCAGAGACCUAAAGAAACCAGAUGUCAUGAAAUGCCUGAGGAUGGUUCGAACACACUAGGAGGAGUCAAUUUGGUAUCAAUAUGGUUCUGGAGGUAUCAUAACUUUAUUGCCAAAGAACUAGCCAAGGUCAACCCCUGCUGGGAUGAUGAUAAACUGUUUGAGACAGCAAGAGACAUAAACAUUGCAGUAUCGCUACAAAUUUAUUACUAUGAGUUAUUGCCGGUGUUCUUUGGUUUUGACAAUAUGGCUGAAGACGGCGUGAUCGGUCGCAUCGGUGGAUUCAGGGACAUGUACGAUGAGAACAUACCACCACAAUUGUCCCUGGAAUAUCCGUUUGCAUUAAGAUGGUUGCAUAAUAUCCAAGAUGGUACUUUAAAGCUCUACGACAAAGAGGGCUACUACCUAAGACAAUUCCCUAUCAUGAAUCUGACCUCGAGGACUGGUUUCUUGGCUGUAGACAACAAUAUAGACUAUUUGACACAGGGCAGUUUUAGACAAGGCAGCUCUAAAAUCGACUACAUAGCGGAUCCUGAUAGAAUAGAGGUGUUGAGAGAAGUGUACGAAAAAGUUGAAGACAUAGACCUACUGGCCGGUAUUUGGACGGAGAAACCAAUGCGUGGUGGUUUCGUACCUCCUACAUUCUAUUGUCUGGUUGUAGAUCAAUUAAAACGUAAUAUUUACUCCGACAGGCACUGGUAUGAAAGGCCUAACCGACCGAAUGCGUUUACUUCCCCUCAGUUGGCUCAAAUAAGAAAGAUCACGAUUGCAAGAAUGCUGUGUGAUGUUGGAGACACCGUGAAAAGAAUUCAACCGCACGCUUUCCUGAAAGCUGGAUUUAAGAACCCGAUGUGUGAUUGCAAACACAUCAUCAGCAUGGACUUCUCCGCUUGGAGAGAUGAUUCUUGCGGCGCCGGCGGUGGAUUCUUCGAUCAUCUCUUUAAAUAA